CCAGCUGAUAAAAUAGAAGCCAUAUGUUUCAAGUGGUUGUUGUUGUAGUCAAACUUUGUCAGUUACAAUAAUGUCAUCCGCGAGUGUGGAAUUUUGGAAGCUGGGAAAGAAGAUAGUCGGAGCUGGUCUCAAUUACAAAGCUCUAUGUGCUGACAGAAAUAUUCCACUUCCAACAAAACCAGUCAUUUUUAUGAAACCUACAACUGCUUAUAUUACUCAAGGACAAAAUAUUCAGAUACCAAAGGAGCUUGAAGUAAAAGAAGACGUCGAGCUGGGAGUUCUAAUUGGAAAAAAGUGCAAGAACGUAAAGCCUUCAGAAGGGCUAGAAUAUGUUACGGGAUACUGCCUUGCUCUAGACCUCACUGCGACCAACUUUCUGAACGAAGCGAAAAAGAAAGGUCUGCCCUGGGAUCUCUGGAAAGGGUUUGACACCGCGUGCCCUGUGAGCAGCUUCAUCCCCAAGCAGAAGAUCCCGGACCCCAGUAACGUGCGGUUGUGGUGUCGCCUAAAUGGGGAGAUGAAGACUGACGCUAACACCUCGGACAUGAUAUUCUCUGUGGGGGAGUUGAUCAGCUAUAUCUCCCAGUACAUGACCUUGGAGCCCUACGACCUUAUCCUGACAGGAUCCUCCCGCGGCAACUGCCAGAUACACCCCGGGGAUGUCCUGGAGGGUGGACUGGAGGAACUUGUCACUUUCAAGUUUUCUGUCGCGGCCGCUAGCUGAACAUCACAAAUAUUUAAAACCUAUAUUCUGGAAAAGUUAUAUGAUUUUCGAUGUGUUUUGAAACAUCUUUAACUUGAAUAUAAACAAACUAGUUUCAUAAAUUUAUAAUCUUAUCGUGUUUCUUAUUACGACUUGGUGAAGAUCUAAUUCUGUAGGCCUAUUUUUAUCUAAAAUACAAAAGUAAAUUAUAUAGUUUAUAGUCUAAAUAAGAUGGGUUUUUUCGAUAAUGUAAGAGGUCUUCAGGACUCCAAAAUUAAAAAUUUAUUUAAAACAAUAAAUGAACAUUUUUCUUAAACAUUUAUCGAAGCAUCUCCCACCAGCAUCUUGAUAAUUAAAGAAAUCAAAUUUCUUCUUUAUGAUCACAAAACAAUUGUCGUAUGAGUUGGCCUAAAGGGUUUGAAGUUGUAAAACAAAACUUUCUAAGAUGUUAAAAAAUACAUCGAUAUUGAAAAUAA